GAGUCUUCCCAUUUUCCCUGUAAUGUCCUUGUGGGUGUCCUCUGGUGUAAAUACGGGCAAUUUUUCACCGCUCAUUCUUCUUUAAAAGUAUUUUUUUAUUUGAGUUUUAGGUUGAGACAUUUUGACUGGCGAAGAUGGGCCACGGUGAAGGGAGAGGAGAAGGUUCCGGAGGAGAGAACUCAGUUAACGUCGAGAAACACUUGAAAAGUGUCGUAGUAGACAAUGGAGAAGCUGGAGAUAACGAGGCCAAGAACAUGAGUUCCGAAAGACAAUCCUCAAAGUGGAGUCCCUAUAGAAGACAGAUGGUACUUGAGUGGCAUAACGUAAACUACUCAGUGGCGUUCCCAGGGAAGAGAAGCUGGAAUCCCUUUCAGAAGACUGAAACACAAGAGUCCAAGAAGUUUACAAUCUUAAAAAAUGUCUCUGGGCUUGUACGACCAGGAGAGUUACUGGCUGUAAUGGGACCAAGCGGCGGAGGAAAGACAACUUUGCUCAAUGCCCUUGCUGGAAGAGCUAAUUUUGUUCCAGAGGGGUCCAUACUGUUUGACGGGAAACCCAGAGUAGCUGAUACUAGAAGAAAAAUUGGCUAUGUCAUGCAGGACGAUGUUUUCUUCACCAACCUGACAGUUAGACAAACCUUAGAAAUAACGGCACGAUUGCGUUUACCAAGGGACGUCCCACAUAAACAGAAAAUGGAGCGAGUAGAUUACAUUCUUCAGAGACUGGGACUUCUCCGUUGCCAAAAUACGAUUAUUGGUGAUCAAUUCAGAAAAGGAAUCAGCGGAGGUGAACGGAAGCGAACCAAUAUUGCCGACGUGCUCUUAGUGGAACCAUCGAUUCUUAUUUUGGACGAACCUACUUCGGGUCUUGACUCAAAUACAGCCCUGACAGUUGUUCGACUCUUAAAGGAGCUAGCUAGUGAAGGGCGUACUGUCAUAACCACAAUUCAUCAACCUAAUUCAAUGAUGUUUGCGGAGUUUGAUAAGUUGUUGUUACUUGCGAGUGGACAAACAGUGUACUAUGGUCCUGCGAAAGAGGCAGUCAGUUACUUUAGUCGUCUGGGUUAUGAAUGUCCUUACGGCUUCAAUCCUGCGGAUUACUUUAUUGCUCUGUUGACAAAUGAAGAUUUCGGUCAAAGUGAACCCAUAAGGCAAAAACUAAUAGAUGCCUGGAAAGGGUAUGAAUUGGAUGCUGAUCUCGACUACAAGAUGUACGUUCCGAGUUUGACACCUCCCCUGAAAGUGGGAAAUAUCCGACAACCUUCCUUGAUCAACUUCGUGUCCUUGCUUGGAGAGCAUAUCUUCAGAAGAAGGGAAAAUUAUUUGAGAAGCUUACAAUUUUUCAGGGUUGUGUUUGUUGCACUAAUAGUUUCGUUUAUUUGGUUCCGAAUCCCUCACGAUAUCAACUAUUUAAUGGACCUUAUGGGUGCUCUCUUCUUUGCUGGAUUAUUUUGGGGAUUCUUUACCAUGUUCCAAGCCUUGACGACUUUACCAACAGAAAAGCCCGUUCUCUCAAAGGAGCGGGCUUCCGGUGCAUACAGGCUUUCUGCAUACUUUCUUGGGAAAGCGCUAGUGGAAGUACCUUUGGAUUUGAUCUAUCCCUUCUUUUUUAGCGUUUAUAUAUACUGGAUGUUGAAUUUGAAUCCCCAAGCCAGUCGUUUCAUUCUUUUCUUGAUUUUUGUUGGGAUAACUGUUUUCACUGCACAGUCCAUUGGUCUCUUCAUCGCCGCAGUCUUCAUGGACUUCCGAAAGUCUCAGACACUUGCAGCAGUAUUUAUGUUGACAAGCAUGUUAACCGGAGGCUUCUACGUCAAUGACAGUCAGAUGCCUGUUUGGAUACGGUGGAUUCAAUAUCUGUCAUUCAUUCACUAUAUAUACGAUUCUUUUAUGCUUAAUCAGUUUGAAGGGGAAUAUUUCCCUUGUCCACCUGGAAAUACUUCAGGUGUUACAAGUUCUGGUCUGAGUUGUCCAAUGACUGCGCAAGACAUUUACUCGAUGCGAGGUGUGAUAAGCAAUAUAGGACGAGGAGGCAAUAUCGCGAUAGUUUUGGCUUAUGGAAUUGCAUUUCGAUAUUUCGCCUUUUUAUGUCUUAAAUACCUUAAUAGAUCACAUAAGCAGAAGCGACGGGUUUAACUGGUGUAGUUGGCAUUGUUUUGUUGUAGCUUGUGCAUAGUAAAGAGGGACUCUACAAG